AGCGAGUGGUGGGGCAGCACUUCAGAUCCGCUCUCCCCUCCCAUCCUCUCGUCCCCUUCCCCCCAAAACUAGAUUUAAAGCCCGAGAGAGAGAGAGAGAGAGAGAGAGGGAGAGACGAUGUCGUGGCAAACGUACGUCGACGAUCACUUAAUGUGCGAGGUCGAGGGCCACCGUCUGACGGCGGCGGCGAUCAUGGGUCAGGACGGCAGCGUCUGGGCGCAGAGCGCAUCCUUUCCUCAGUUUAAGCCUGAGGAGUUCACCAAUGUAAUGAAUGAUUUCAAUGAACCUGGAUCGCUAGCUCCCAUUGGUUUAUUUAUUGGAUCAUCAAAGUACAUGGUAAUUCAAGGAGAGUCUGGAGUUGUCAUUCGUGGAAAGAAGGGAUCAGGUGGCAUCACCAUCAAGAAGACAGGCCAAGCAGUGGUCAUUGGCCUUUAUGAUGAGCCAAUGACUCCAGGCCAGUGCAACAUGGUUGUGGAGAGGUUGGGUGACUACCUCAUUGAUCAGGGCUUGUAGUUCAUCAACUGGCGCAUGCCUCCCUCAAUUUUCUCCAGCAAAUGAAAAUGUGAAAUUUUCUUCAUUUCAGCUAUUUUGAGAAAUGACCUUAGUGUAAUAAUUUGGUGAACAGACAGGAAUAUUGCAGUCCAUCUUGAGUUGUUCUUUCUUGUUUUUUUAGUCCCCUUCUUUCCUUCCCCUAUUCAUGUGUUAAUUUGCAUUUCUCUUUUCGAUGGUUUCAAUUCAUGACAUUUGAUAAGA